CCAUGUGAAUUAUAGGGGUGAACCCCCGCGCCUCCGCCUGCAGCUGUCGUUGCCUUAUAAGGAGGGGCCGGGUGGUGCCGGGGGAGUGGCUGCCCCUGCCCCUCCCGGCCCCAGCCAGCUGCUGGGACCCGCCACCCAGCUCAGCGCAAGGCAGCCGCCGCUGAGCAGAGGAUCGCACACAUAGCCGGCCAUGGGCAAGUCAGCUUCCAAACAGUUUAAUAACGAGGUCCUGAAGGCCCACAACGAGUACCGGGCUCAGCACGGAGUCCCCCCACUCAAGCUUUGCAAGAAGCUCAACCAAGAAGCCCAGCAGUAUUCACAGGCCCUGGCCAGUACAAGGAUCCUCAAGCACAGCCCAGAGUCCAGUCGUGGCCAGUGUGGGGAGAACCUUGCAUGGGCAUCCUACGACCAGACAGGAAAGGAAGUGGCUGAUCGGUGGUACAGUGAAAUCAAGAACUACAACUUCCAGCAGCCUGGUUUCACCUCGGGGACAGGACACUUCACAGCCAUGGUAUGGAAGAAUACGAAGAAGAUGGGUGUGGGGAAGGCGUCCGCAAGUGAUGGGUCCUCCUUUGUGGUGGCCAGGUACUUUCCUGCAGGGAAUGUCGUCAACCAGGGCUUCUUCGAAGAAAAUGUCCCACCUCCAAAGAAGUAACUCUCCAAAUGUAAUGAGAAGGUGGAGAGACACAUACGGAGUGCCUAUAGAACAGCAAAGAGCCAGCAAGCACCUGUCUCUGUGGGUGUGUGAACUUGUGUGUGUACUCUUGAGCAUCUUGUGCACACCACACACUGUAGGCAGCAGCGCAUGAGCUCAUUUCUGGUUAAAGGAUUUAUCCAGAGGGUUACCUAACCACGAUUACUUAGAUUUGGGUAUGGUCAAUUCUGACAUCUUUUUGCUUUUAUUUUUUUAAGCAGACUUCUUUUGUAUCUUUAAUUCCAAUAUCCUUCCUCCGACUCUGUAUUCCGAAUAUGUUUGCCAUGCUGAGAAGUGAGGUCGUUUUACAUGUACUUCCUGUGUUAUAAUCUCCUUUUGGUAGCUUUUGAAGACUAUUAAACUUUCCUUUAAAUGUGACAUAAAGCAGCUUGCGUUAGAGAGACGUGACCAGCCCCAUUUCACAGUCAGUGAGAUUUCUUGUUCUCGGUUCGAAGACAUGAUAUCAUCCCACAGCCUCUGGGAUUCCCUGAUGGGAUUGCCAAAGAGCAAAUGGAGAAGUUUAAAAAAAGCAAAACAAAACAAAAACCCGCCUUACAGUUUUAGCCUUUCAGUGUCACGGCCACUAGCACCCUUCACACCUCACGCAUUUUAUUUUAUUUUAUUUUUAUGCUUACAGCCUUACAUCUGGCUUCUGGGGGCGGGCAGGUCUGGAAUGCAGUCCUGCCUCCCACUCUCAUCUCACUGGACCCUCACAUUGCCUGGGCUUUUGGCCAAGGCUUUGGACUAUGAAGUCAGUGGUGUAGGGGUGAGGGUGAGCUCCUUAGGGGGCGCCGGAGGAAGCCCGGCAGCCUCUGCCCUGCCCCGGCCCAGCAGGCAGUGACCACCCAGCCUUGCCCCCUUCCCCCUGCAGCUGUGGUUGCAGCUGAGCUGUGACUUCCUCCUGGAAUGUGUGACUAGCCCAAAUGCUCCAGGGAAGAGGCCCAAACAGGGAGAUUAGGAAAGCUAAUUUGAUUCUGUGUUUUGCCUCAAACUAUUCAUAGUUCCCUGCGAAUAGCUGUUUAACCAGGUCCCUGGGAGGGACCAAGCCAGAGGUCCAGUAGAGUGUCCCUGAAAUGAUGGCAUUUCCUUCUGCCAACACAAGGGCUGGAGGAAGGGCUUGUUGAUUUAAGGACAGAGUGAGGCUGGCGGGUCUUUGUUACACUGUGAACAGUCUCAAACUGUUGAUUCAUCCAGGGAUAUUGACUAACGAGACAAUAAAAUCCUUUCUUUUUGUGUAA